AUGUACACACCGAUCGCUCCUCUACCCCUGGAGACACCCCGUUCGCACGGAACCAAGCGACAGAGGGAAGACGACGAAGAAGAAGAGCCCAAGCGAAGAAAGCGGUCGGACUCACAGAUAUCGUCCCAGUUUGAGCUCAGUGAGGAAGACCGUCUACUUCUUCGGCUCAAAGAGGAAGAGCACAUGCCUUGGAAGGACAUCGCAGCACGCUUUGUCAAAGACUUCGGCAGGCAGUACCAAAUACCCGCACUGCAGAUGCGUAUCAAGCGACUAAAAGAACGGAUGCGUCAGUGGACUGAAGUAGACGUCCAAGCACUGCGCAAAGCCCAUGACUACUGGGUGCAAAACAAGUUCGACAUCAUCGCGCAAAAGAUGCUCGAUUACGGCGCAGAAGAAAAAUGGACCGCACGCCAAUGCUCUCGCAAAUGGCAAGAGAUCGAUCCAACACCCAUACCCUACACGCAGUUCGACCACCACGUCCAGCACGUCCAGCAAGGCUUUGCACCCUACGCGAUGAGCCCCAUCGAGCCCACGCCCAUGAACUUCCCUCCCUUCCUGCACCAGCACCAUACCACCUAG